GGGGCAGCGGGCGUGGGGUGAACAGGAGCGGAGGGUGCCCGUUCCCACACCUCGCUGCUCCUCCUGCCAGCAGCCGAGCUGCCCCACCGGGCUGAUGCCAGCAGAUCGGAGCAGACUCGUUCCAGCCAGACCCGGGCCAGCUCCUCCAGAACCGGAGGUGCUUGGAAAAUGCCUCCGAGAGGCGAAAAGGACUCGGGUUACAGCUCCGGGGUGGAUCGGGGCUCCUGCAAGGGCCCGCCUAGGGGAGGACCCAAGGAGGGACGGGCUCGCAGAGCUCUUGCAAACUUGCCUUUAGAAGCCCGUGGUUCGCAGCCCAUCACGGAGCGAGGCUUGCCUGAAACUUUUCUUGGAAGGCACUCGGCUCUUUCUGGCUUGGGAAGCACCUCUGCCCUCCCGAGAUGGGGAUCUCCUUGCUGAAGAGCCGGCCUGGUUUCCUGUGGUGGGGGGACCAAUGCUAAAUGUCAGCUUUGGAUGCAGUGGUUGUGCUUCCAGAGGACAGAGCUCCUGCUGCGUGGUCUCAGGCUUUCUCUAAAAUGAGAGCGGUGGUUGAGCUCACGAGAGGACAGGAACCAGUGACUUCAUGAGCGGAGCUCAGGAGGGACAGCAGCGAUGAAGCACUGCUUUUACAAUGAGACGGUGGGGUUCUUCUACAACAACAGCCGCAAGGAGCUGACCACGUACUGGAGGACGAAGGACGUCCUGGUGGUUGCCCUGGGCCUGACGGUGAGCGUCAUCGUGCUGCUGACCAACCUGCUGGUCAUCACCGCCAUCAUCAUCAACCGCCGCUUCCACUACCCCAUCUACUACCUGCUGGGCAACUUGGCGGCUGCCGACCUCUUCGCUGGCAUCGCCUACAUGUUCCUCAUGUUCCACACGGGGCCCAGGACCGCGGAGCUCUCCCUGAAGACCUGGUUCAUCCGUCAGAGCCUGCUGGACACCAGCCUGACCGCCUCUGUGGUGAACCUGCUGGCAAUCGCGGUGGAGAGGCACCAGACUGUUUUCACCAUGCAGCUGCACAGCAAAAUGUCCAACCAGCGCGUGAUGAUCCUCAUCUUCUGCAUCUGGGUCACGGCCCUGCUGCUGGGGCUCAUCCCGUCCUACGGCUGGCACUGCCUCUGUGCCCUGGAGAAGUGCUCCAGCAUGGCGCCGCUCUACAGCAGGAGCUACCUGACCUUCUGGGCCAUCUCCAACCUGGUCAUCUUCCUCAUCAUGGUGGUCGUGUACACGCACAUCUUCAUCUACGUGAAGAGGAAGAUGACGCGGAUGUCCAAGCACACCAGCUUCCACCCCCGCUACAAGGAGACCAUGAUCAGCCUCGUCAAGACGGUCACGAUUAUCCUAAGUGCUUUUGUUAUCUGCUGGACUCCAGGACAAGUUGUGCUCCUGCUGGACGGCUUGGGCUGCAAGAGCUGCAACGUUCUAGCGGUGGAGAAAUACGUCCUUUUGCUGGCAGAGAUCAAUUCGUUGAUAAACGCUAUUGUCUACUCUUACAGGGACAACGAGAUGCGUAGCACGUUCCGGAGGAUCCUCUGCUUCAUCUGCUAUAGGAAUUCCAAAUACACACCCACGGUGGUGAAGUUAAACACCACAGACCGCAGAACACUUUCUCAGAACGGGCACUUUACCGUGGACUCCUCUAUUUAGCUCUUCAGCAUCGCUGCUCAGCGGUGGCCACUUGCUGGAUUUUAAAAAAACAAAACGAGCAGAGGCUAAGAGCAACCUGCUUCUAAAGCAGUAGAGACUUCUCUGUUGUGCUCAAGCAUAAAUGUUUCUAUAGAAUGCUUGUCAUCGAUCAUGGACAAGGUGCUUUUAAGGAACUGCUGAAUGGUGCGUUGUUUAGGACAAACGUACUUUGAGUAGCAUUGUUAUUAAAGACUGCUAUUUCUAAAGCAAGGUUGAUUUAAUUUAGCAGCCUCUAGCAGUGUGCUGUAUGCAACGGGAAUCUCGUGUGAUCUCUCCGCAAGGAAAGUAUUCUCUUGGUACUUCAGUAUUACUGCCUUCCGAAAUAGUCGUUCCGGUGGUAGCGUGCUCCAAAGACCCAAAGCCCUUCAGUUUUACUCAUCGCUUCCUAAACAGAGCUGCCUAGUGUUUCCCAAGAGGGUCUUAUUCGGGUUGUGUUCCACACUUUUCAGAAGUCGUAUUCUUCUUAAAGCCUCUUCAGAGAGGAAUCUGUUUGAAUUGCUUCCUGAGAAGCAGAUUCCUGCUUUCCAAAGUGUCUGUUACUGAAUUUCAAAGCCUUCUGGGCUGCUGGAGGAUGUCUUAAGAGCACCUAAUUCCUCCCUAAAAUGGAGAGCGGUGCUGUAACUCACUGCAGUUUUGUUUGUGUUCUGCUAAGCGAUACCAUGUGGUAUGCACAAGUUCAUUGCCUAUUCAUAAAUGUGGAGUGAGUCAUGUUCCCAUUAAACCAUCUUUCUACUCGCUGAAAGCCCUUUGGGACAGGUUUAGGUUAGAUUCCAAGGCAAUCAGUAUUUUUUUUGCCUUGGGUUUUAAUGUGCAGUUUGUACCUUCAUGUUCAACUGCGCCCAUAAUGUGUUGCGUCUGUUCAAAUGUAGUCUUUCUCUCGGCAAAGCACCGUAAGAAGUUAGCAGUAUUAUUUAAUACCAGUGCGAGUAGGAUCUAGUUUUCUGAGCAAAUCCAUUUGCGGCAUCUGACACGCGAUGUAAACACUCCCCUCUUGAUUGGGAGGCCAUGACUGGAGAGCAGAUGCUCUGCUGCCAGAAGAAUAUUCGUGGCCAAGGAACUAUAAAUGCUUUUUGCAGGUUUUCCCUCACCUUUACUCCGUUAAAUUUUUAAUGGUGUGAAUGUGCCUGCGUCAGUCCAAAAUCUAUAGUCAUGGGUUUUUGUGAGAGCGGAGAGGCUAACAGAAGGCAGUUUUUUAUUUUUGAGUAUUUGCAUUGAAGCCUAAACUUGGAGUUUCAGGGUUUUUUUUAAUAAAAUGGCCUGGUUCUGUCAGAUGACCAGCUUCCUGAUUGAUCACCUCAGGUGACGUGGCAGAGAAGACAACUUACUGGAGGGAUCGUUGUUCAAAUGCACAUGUGUGGACUUUCUUGCAGAACAUGGUCAGGAAAGUGACUGUGUUAAGGUGACACUCUUGGAUUGAUGAAAACAGCCUUGGAAUAUGGUUGCUGUCUUUGUGUCCCAGAGACUUCUUGAAUAAAUACUUUGUCCUGGGUUUUAGAAACAA